CUGAUCUUCGCUCAAGAGUCUCCGCGCGAUCACUGUGGCGGAGACCAGAGGUCGCCAUCUGCGGCACAGAAGGGGAAGCGCUGCCCGGGGAUUUGACUAGAGCGGGUCUCUCUUUCUGCGGGUCUCCGUGCUUCUAAAGUGUUGGUAUAUAAGAUACGGGCCGAGGUGUCGCGCGCAGGGAAGCUUCCUCCAAGGACUCGCAGUCGUCUCGUCCGCGCUCCCGGCUGAGAGUCGCCCGUGUCUCGCGCACUAUGGGAAACGCCGCUGCCGCCAAGAAAGGCAAUGAAGUGGAGAGCGUGAAAGAGUUUCUAGCCAAAGCCAAAGAAGAUUUCUUGAGAAAAUGGGAAUCUCCACCACAGAGCACAACUGGUUUAGAUGACUUUGACAGACUGAAGACGCUGGGCACAGGAUCCUUCGGCAGAGUUAUGUUGGUAAAACACAAAGCAACAGAUCAAUUCUAUGCCAUGAAAAUUCUGGACAAACAGAAGGUGGUGAAGUUGAAACAAGUUGAGCAUACGCUAAAUGAGAAGAGAAUAGUGCAAGCAGUGUCCUUCCCGUUCCUCGUCAGAUUGGAAUAUGCCUUCAAGGACAACUCCAAUUUGUAUAUGGUGAUGGAAUAUAUACCAGGAGGGGAGAUGUUCUCACAUCUUAGAAGAAUCGGAAGGUUCAGUGAACCGCAUGCACGGUUUUAUGCUGCGCAGAUCGUCCUGACCUUUGAGUACCUCCACUCGCUAGACCUCAUUUAUAGAGACCUGAAACCUGAGAACCUGUUGAUCGAUCAGCAAGGAUACAUACAGGUAACAGACUUUGGGUUUGCAAAGAGAGUUAAGGGCAGAACCUGGACAUUAUGUGGAACUCCAGAGUAUCUUGCGCCAGAGAUCAUCCUCAGCAAGGGUUACAACAAGGCCGUGGACUGGUGGGCCCUUGGAGUCCUCAUAUAUGAAAUGGCAGCUGGAUAUCCUCCAUUUUUUGCAGACCAGCCUAUUCAGAUCUAUGAGAAGAUCGUGUCCGGAAAGGUACGAUUCCCCUCACACUUCAGCUCUGAUCUGAAGGAUCUGCUGAGGAAUCUGCUUCAGGUGGACCUGACCAAGCGGUUUGGAAACCUCAGGAAUGGUGUCAAUGAUAUCAAAAACCACAAAUGGUUUGCCACAACAGAUUGGAUAGCCAUUUAUGAGAGAAAGGUGGAGGCGCCACUCAUACCAAAGUGCCGAGGUCCUGGGGACACAAGCAACUUCGACGACUACGAAGAGGAAGACAUUCGUGUAUCAGUGACAGAGAAAUGUGCAAAAGAAUUUGCAGAGUUUUAGUUUAUCCAAGUAAUGGACACGUCAGAGCUAGACAUAUGCAUAUAUACAUAUAUUUAUUUAUCUAUAUAUGUAUAUGUGUGUGUGUAUCACACAACAAGUCCAAAAAGGGUUUCUUUGCACUCUAAAGACAUGGGAUGAGCAGAGAGCACAUUACCCUUCAAAGUUCUUGUGUACUUCCUUCAUUCCAUUUGGCUUUAGAGAGAUGUCACCAGGGUUCUCAUGGUCCACCAUCUAACCCUCACAGACUGGCGCAUCACUUACUCCUUUAAUUCACACUCUUUCCUCACCGGCUUCUUCCGAAACAACCCCUGAAAUAGUUUUGAUAUAUAUUCCCCCUAUGAAAGAUUUUUUUGUUGUUGAAAGUUUUAUAUUUAAAGGCAAUUCAUUAUUGUCACAUUCUAACACCGUACAAUCACAGUAUGUUUUUUUCUUCGGCAGCGUCACAGUGUUGUGAUUUGAAAGGAAGGUGUUGCCUCUAGCUGUCUACAGUUUUGUGUGUUAUGCGUUGGUUUCGUUCGUUGUUACCUCAGACCAAACACUGACAGCUUUCGGGACGCUUUUGAUUUUCUUCUGCUAGUAUUUGUUACUUGUACAAAUCUGUUUAUUUUAGUGGGUUUUUUAUUUCAUUUCAACCAUCCUGUGUGUUGAAAGCAUGACCAAACCAUCAUGUUGUGGAUGGCAGAGGAGGAGGUCUUAACUCUUCAGACCUGCCUUAGGAAACCCGAUAUUAAUGAGCUCACAGACUGUUUGUUACAGAGUGUUACAGUGAUCUUUACAUGAGAAUGUUACAGUGAAGGUCCAGUCUCAUGCAUAUACUGACAGAUCAUGUUACAAAUGCAAAUGUAUCAUUUAUUUUACCACUUUUGUGCAUUUUUAUUCAGAAGGCAAUUUUAUUGUAAGAUGUGCAACCUCGGAUUGGCUCACUUGAGUCCAUUCUAACAGUGCUGUUUAUUGUAAUCCAACAUUUAAAUCAAGACAAACAGCAAACCCGUUGGCCCGUUGCUGUAAGGUGAAGGACAUAUCAGUUUCACAUUAUUUACAUUCACUGCUGGGUCACUGACUGUUUUUAAUUGGUUUCUGUUGGAGCCGUUUUGCAAGUUCUCACUCAAUGAAAAUUGUAAAACUGCCAAAAUUCCAUGUGUUCUUCUAUGUUGUUGCUGUUUUUAAAUGACAUCGUGUUUUAUUCAUAUGACCGAAUGUAGAAUUGAAAUUUCUAGGUAUGGAAAUUGUUUGCAAAGUUUGAAUUUUGAGGUACAUUCACACACACUUAUAAUAAGAAACUGAAUAUGUUAAAAAGAGACAAAAAACAGAGGUUAGUAAGCCUCUGCUCCUUUGUAUCACAUAUAAUCCAGUUAUUGUUCAGCUCAUAAGGCAUAUAUGCAUUAUUUCUUAUAAAUGUUUUUAUUUAUACACAUAUUAGAGAGAUGCUAAUAAAUUUUAUUUUUAAAACUUGUA